AUGAGACUCAACCCUGAAAAGUGCGUGUUUGGAGUCACCGGCGGGAAAUGCCUUGGUUUCCUUGUUGAUGAAAGAGGAAUAGAAGCCAACCCGGACAAGAUACAGGCAAUCUGGGACAUGAAGUCCCCGGGGUCCGUAAAAGAAGUUCAAAAGCUAACAGGAUGCAUAGCUGCCUUGGGACGGUUUCUAUCAAAGUUCGCGGAUAGAUGCUCGCCCUUCUUCAAAACCCUCAAGCAAAGCAAGUUCGAAUGGACAAGAGAAGCCGAAGAAUCCUUUCAGCAGUUGAAAGAGCACUUAUCCACUUUCCCGAAACUGGUUUCGCCAUACGAAGGAGAAAAAUUGGUUUUAUACGUCUCGGUCUCCGAAUACUCUCUGUCAGGAGUACUGAUCGCCGAAAGAGAAACGAAGCAAUUCCCCGUAUACUAUGUGAGUCACGCCUUUCAAGGAUCUGAGGGAAACUACAGCGAAGUAGAAAAGGUCCUAUUUGCAAUCGUGAUGGCGAGCAGAAAACUGAAACCAUACUUCCAAUCCCACCAGAUCAUCGUCAGAUCCAGCCAACCCGUGAAAAAGAUUCUGGAAGGAAAAAACAAAUCAAGCCGCGUCACUGAUUGGGCUAAUCAACUUGCAGAUUUCGGCAUCGAAUACGAACCACGAACAGCAAUCAAAGCACAAGCCUUGGCGGACUUCAUCGCCGAAAGCACUAUCCCCCAACAUCAUGAGCCUAGUCAAGAAUGGAAGUUAUAUGUGGAUGGAUCCUCAACACAAUCAGCCAGCGGAGCUGGGCUGCUGAUCAUGUCUUCUGCCGGGGUCCGUAUGGAAAGAGCAGUCAGAUUCGAGUUCGCGGCCUUUAAUAAUGAAGCGGAAUACGAAGCAUUACUCAUGGGGCUCAAAAUCUGCCAUGAAGCAGGGGCGAAAGUAUUAUCCACUUUUUCUGACUUCCAGUUAAUAGUCGGACAAGUAAAUGGAGAAUUCAAGGCCAAAGAUGAUGGCAUGAAGAUGUACUUGCAACAAGUAAGAAAAUUUGUCAAGAAAUUCGACAAAUUCACAUUAGUCGACAUCCCAAGAUCUCAAAACGCACAAGCCGAUUCCCUGGCAAAACUCACCAGCUCAGCUGAAACAUCCGCGGCUCGCGAAAUAAUCUGGGAAGUUUUUCCGAACCCCAGUAUCAACCUCAUGGUUAACACAAUUGAUAGAUCAGAGAUGUGGAUGAAACCGUACAUCAAAUUUGUGCAAAAUCAGACGCUCCCCCAUGACGAGAAUCAAGCCAAAGUGCUUCAAAAGAAGGCCAGAUGGGAAGACGCGGAAACCUUGGUCAAGCGAUGUCCCGAAUGCCAAUACCACUCAAAGAUUGGAAGAAAAUCAUCUAACUACCUGUCCGUCAUGCAAGCCGUCUUACCGUUCGAUAAAUGGGGUAUGGAUCUCCUUGGCCCCUUCCCUCCCGCAAAGGGACAACACAAAUUCAUUAUAGUGGCCAUUGAUUAUUUCACCAAGUACGUGGAAGCAGAGCCCCUCAGCUCCAUCACGGAUAAACAAGUCUGUCAAUUCAUAUGGCGAAAUAUCAUCACGAGAUACGGCAUUCCUUGUGUGAUCAUUACCAACAAUGGAAGACAAUUUGUCACAAACAAAGAGAUCCUGAACGGUAUCAAAAAGAAACUAGAGGGGGUUAAAGGUACUUGGGACGAGGAACUACCCGGCAUCCUGUGGGCAAGCCGAACAACCGUCAAAGAAGCAACGGGGCAUACCCCAUUCUCUCUGGUAUAUGGAUCUGAAGCGGUGCUUCCAGUAGAAAUAGGUGUACUCACACGACGAGAACGAACAACGGAAAAGGAGAACUUGGAUCUGCUUCCAGAAACACGGGAGAACGCAUUAUUAAGGUCCAUGGCCCAGAAGCAAAAAAUAAUUCGCAGCUUCAACCGGCUCGUCAAAACCAAACAUAUUCAUGUUGGGGACUUCGUCCUACGCAAAGUUGAAGCCACAGGGAAAAUCGUAGAUAAAGGGAAGCUUGGAGCCAACUGGGAUGGUCCGUUCAAAAUCGUCCGUGUCAUCAAACCUAGAACAUUUGAACUGGAAGACAUAAAAGGAAAGAAGCUACCUCGCCCAUGGAAUGGAGAUCAUUUAAAAAAGUACUUCAUUCAAUAA